UAAAAUAGAGACCUCUACUAACAAUUUAACAAAGCAAUUACCCUUGAAAAUGUUUUUCCCAUCUUUUUCAUCAGCUCAUACCAAGUACAAAAAUAUAUCUAAAACAAUAUCAAACGAAUGGAACAUUAAAGAUCUCGAAGAUUAUGAAAAUAUUUGUAAAAACUCACAUCAGGUACCAACCAAUUAAUAUCAAAUUUCACAAUGAACAUAACUUUUUAAUUGUAUGUUCUUUUCUUUUUAGAAUAACAAAGACAUUUGUUUCUCAGAUACAGAUCUUAAGUUUUUAGUAAUACCAUUAUCUCCGACAAAAUCUGAUAUACAAAAUGACGAACUGUUAUUGUGCAAAUGGAAUUCAGGAAAUAUUAACAAUUCUAAAAAACAAAAUAAUGUCAGUUCUAAAUUGAUAGACCUUAAAUUUGAAAACACUGAUUCAUUUAGUGACAGUACACAAAAAUACAAAAUUUCCACUUCUAAGUCAAGUUAUUCACCUUAUCAUUUAUUCACAAGAAAUUUAACUGAUUCAAAAUAUUUCUCAGAUUCUGCAGCUGAUAUGUCGAAUAUUUUAUCAAAUGCAUUUUUUAACAAAUUAAAAAGGUUUUCAAUAAUUAACAAAUGUUAUUAAACUUUAUUUAAAUUAAUACACUAAUCAUUGUAAACAUUUGUAUAGGUCAACUAAUUCUUACACUAGUUCUACACUAUCUGAUAUGUCUAAUGCAAUUAAAAUAGGAAUUGAUCAAAUAUUACAAGUUAACUCAAAAAUAAAAAAUAGUCCUAUAUGUAAUUCAGAUAAAAUUAAUACAGUUAAUAGAGAUAAAUUAAAAGAAUUGAAAUCACAAAUAAACUUAAAUGAACAUAAUGCAUAUCUUAAAAAGAUGCAGAAAAGAAUGAAGUCAUCUAUAGAUAUGCUAAGAUAUGAAAUAAAAGAAGCUAGAGAAAAAAUAUUGAAAACAGAUAAGAAUUUCACUGGUACUUCACUGAUGAAAAAUAAUUGUAAAAAUUCCAUUAUAGUACAAACUGUACCAGAACAAUUGAUUUGUAAUAAUCAUAUUUGUAUUUCAUCAGAUAAUACAUCAGAAAUAUCUGAAACCUAUGAUGAAUUGGGAAUAUUGUUUUCACAAUAUAUCAAACUUCAAACUCAGCUGUGUCAAAGAAAGUAUUGUCCUUUAAAGAGAUAUUUGAAACACAAAGUACAGCACACUACAAAAAAAUGUCAAACAAAAUUUAAUUAUUCUCGCAUAUAUCCUUAUGACCAGAGACCAACAUGCAAUAAUGGAAAUAUAUGUAUAGACACAUAUGAUGAACUAAAGUUGAUGUGUACUACUCCAACAAAACGAAAGGAUAUUUACCGAUGCAUGUUUAAAAGGCGGAAACACACUUUAAAUCAACCAUAUAUCAUAUCUAAUCAAAAUUUUGAAACAGUUGAAUGAAGUUACAACCAAAAUUGAUUUAAAAUAAAUUUAAAAGAAGACAUUUUAAUUUAAACAAUUACUUUCUUUUAGACUAUUAUUUUAACCUCUUUUAAACAUAUUUUUAUGUAAUGGGAGAAAAUAAACAACAUAUGUU